CGUGAGAGGAAUGGGGAAACGGAAGGAGAAGAAGAAGAAGAGCAAGAUGUCCAAAUCUUCCAGAGCUAAACUACAAAGGCUCAAAUAUAUACAAGUUAUCGAAGAAUUGGGAGCCGAACUCGUGCAGUUACAAAUUACUAACGAGAAAUUGAAUGGUGACGGUGUCGAGGGUCUGAGCUACACCGAGCUGGAAUCACUUGUAAGUAUUUUAAGGGAGGGACAAAGCCGUGUAAUGGAGCAACAGGAAAAGGCACUUUGUCAAUAUACAGUCAGUCAGAUGGCAGAGUUCGAAGUUAUGGGGGAAGAAUGGGUUGAACAAAUGGCCAAAGAGGAACACGCCCGUCAAUUUCUUUUGUCCAAGAGAAGAAGAGAGUUUAGGCGCAAGGCUAGACAACUCCGGCUCAGCUCUCUCGAUUCCCCACAGGAGCUCGAGCAUAGCCAGGACCAUACAGAUCUGGUGGAACGCAUUGAGUUGUUGAAGAGCGAGAAGGAGAGACUGGUGCUUUGGAACCAGAGAAUGAUUGGUAAAGAGCUCGACGGUAUGGAUCAGAUCGAGCUCGAUGUAUUUCUGAGUGAUGUCAACCUUGGUCUCCGCAGUGUGUGGGACGAGAUGAUGAGUAGAAUCCGCUCUACUAGGCAGAGCAACAAGCAGAGCAACGAGGAACUAAUCUCUCAGACUCAGAGCAGCAUCAAGGAACUGAGCAGCCCGGGAAAGAUGGACGAGAUGCCUAGAAUUCGCUCUACUAGGCACAGAGCAACGAGAUUAAUGGAAAAAACGGGAGAAGGAAUUUACAUUAGGUAUCUCGGAGUGGAAGUUGGGAUAAAACCAUUAAAUUUUGGGAUCCAAGAGGUGCAAGUGCAUGGGACGAAUCGCACAGAGAUUGGAACAUAUCAGCAACCUGAGCGUGUUAACUCUAUUUCUCUUGCCGGAAAUCGUUUGGUUGUGGCAACAGCAGCAAGGCAUGUCAACAUUUAUGAUCUCAGAAAUAUGUCUCAGCCUGAGCAAAGAAGAGAGUCCUCACUUAAGUACCAGACAAGAUGUGUGCGUUGUUAUCCCAAUGGAACAGGAUAUGCCCUUAGCUCUGUUGAAGGGAGGGUUUCAAUGGAGUUUUUUUUUAUCUAUCAAAGGCUGCUCAAGCUAAAAAAUAUGCUUUCAAAUGUCACCGGAAAUCAGAGGAUGGAAGGGACAUUGUCUACCCUUUAUGGCACUUUUGCUACUGGAGGUUGUGAUGGUUUCGUCAAUGUUUGGGAUGGUAACAACAAGAAGAGGCUAUAUCAGUACUCCAAGUAUCCAACAAGUAUUGCGGCACUGUCAUUCAGCCGAGAUGGUGGAUUACUGGCUGUUGCUUCUAGUUACACGUUUGAAGAGGGAGACAAACCGCAUGAGCCGGACGCAAUCUUUAUUCCAAGUGCUAAUGAAGUCGAAGUGAAACCGAAACCGAGAAACCCAAAGUAUACCCAAAUCCUCCAGUAUAGUCAGGAAUAAUGGAAGAGGUUAAUUCGACUUGUGUGUUGUAUUAUUGCUACGGUGGUUGCCCGAAGAAGAUUGUAGCACUUUAAAGAAGAGUUUUAAAAUCUUGCCUGCACAAUGGGAUUCUGUUUGCACCGGAAAUCAUAACUGUAUCAGAGAAACUACCUUCAAGAUGUAUUCUGUUUGAAGACUUCUUUUUAAGUCAUUUAACCGAUAUUGCCUGCACAAUGGGAUUUACAAAAGAUUUAUAAUCAACCGUAUAAGUUAAA